AUGGAUCCUGUUCACGGCAUGCCGAUUGUGGCGGCGAGGGAAGAUGAACUACACGAAAGUAUUGACGAGAAGCUUCAUUCAAAUGAGAAGGGGUCGAUUAGUGAGAAGUAUGCCUCCGAGGAAGAUGUGGAGGUCGUUGCUGUCGAUGAGGAUGGAGAUGUGAUUCGGGAGUCAGACUAUACACCAGAAGAAUACAAGAAGCUUCUGAGCAAGAUUGAUCGAUAUCUGCUGCCGUUGAUGUGGUGUUGCUACGGAAUUCAGCAGACAGACAAGACUUCUUUGGGGACACAAGCUCUCUUCGGACUCCGAGCAGAUACUCAUUUGAAGGGUCAAGAAUAUCAAUGGUUAACAACGAUUUUCUACCUUACGUAUCUUUGUGGCGAAUUUCCAAGCAACUUCCUUUUGCAGAGAUGGGCUCUCGGACGAACAUUAAGCAUAUAUAUGUUAUGCUGGGGUGUCUGUGUGAUCUCCGUAUCUGCUGCCCAAAAUUGGGCCCAAUUAAUGGCAAUUCGCGCCCUCCAAGGCUUCUUCGAAUGUACCAUCUCACCUGGUUUUGUCCUCAUAAUCGGAACAUGGUACCGAAGAGAAGAACAUUCCUCGCGAGCCCUUUUCUGGCAAUCUGCCAAUGCUGGAUUCGGCAUCAUUGCCGAUUUAGUGAACUAUGGCAUCGGAGACUAUGCUCAGAAACAUGGUGGGUUGGAGCCAUGGCGAGGAAUCUCGUUGUUUCUUGGUGCGGCAACCUUAGUUGCGAGUCUGGUCUGUUUUAUCUUGUUGGGAAGUCCGAAAGAGGUUAGGUGGAUGAAUAAGGAAGAGAAAAGGAUGGCUGCUGCUCGAAUCGUAAAGAAUAAGGCAGGUCGCGAUGUGACUGGUAUUAAAUGGAACUGGACUCAGGUCAAAGAAGCUUUCAUUGACCCUGUACUCUACUUUUCUAUGGUCAACGCUUUUCUGUCGUCCGUUCCCAAUGGCGGACUCACAACAUUCGGUUCAUUGAUGUAUCAGUCAUUCGGCUUCUCGGAACUCCAAGUUCUCCUAGUCGGUAUCCCUCGAUCCGUCGUCUCUCUGAUCAUCUUCCUCAUUGUGGGGAUCUACACUCGCAAAGUGAAGAACCGACGACUGUUCAUUAUGGCCUUCUCGACCAUCCCUCCCUUCGUCGGUAUGCUCGGAAUGGCUCUCCUUCCCAAUAAUUCACACUAUAAAUGGACAAAGUGGGGCCUCUACCUGAUCACCGUCCCUUUCGUGCUUGCUCUCUUCUUGGCUUGGACGCUCAUCCCCUCCAAUGUCGCUGGUCGUACCAAAAAGACUAUCAUCUCAUCCGCUACUUUUCUCGGGUACUGCGUAGGGAAUAUGUGUGGCAGUCAAAUUUUCAGGACCAAAGAUGCACCACAGUAUAUCCCAGGUACGAUCGGAUGUGCGGUUUGUCUUGGUGCUGAGUUUGUGUUGAUCAGUUGCUGGAGAGGCUAUUAUAUGUGGCAAAAUCGAAGAAGGGAUAGGCUGGCGGCUGAGAGUGGCAUCUCGCGGGAAGAGCAGGAAAGGCUUGGACGAGAGAUGGGAGAAAGGGAUGUUACGGAUUUGAAUAAUCCCUACUUCAGAUAUACACUCUGA